AGAACAUUUCGUCAUCAGUCAUCUAGAUGACCUACUACUACCAGGUAAAUGCUCUGCCGACUCCCACUCUGCACAUACUGAGAUGGAGUCUUCGUGCAUUGCCUCUCUUCUGUUUGCAACAAGAUGGCGGCGAACGUUGCGCACAAGUUUCAGAUAGAGGCGGCCUUGCAUGCAGAGAAUCAAGCAAUCUCGGCGGGAAACCUCAAGGAGGAUAAUCCUCUGGACCUGAGCGAGAAUUUCAGGAUCUUUUGCGAGGCAUGCCGUCGAGGCGACUUGAGGACAUGCCAGGAAAUGAUUCAGCUUGGGGUGAAUAUCAAUGCGAGAGACAAGUUUGAUUAUACGCCCUUGAUUCUGGCCAGUUUAUGCGGCCAUUACGAAGUCGCACAGCUCCUCCUCGAAGCCGGCGCAUUAUGUGAGCGCGACACAUUCCAAGGCGAGCGCUGUCUUUACAAUGCCUUGAAUGAUCGUAUUCGUAACCUGUUGUUGUCUUAUGACUAUUCCAAGUUCACGGACCCCUUACAACCUUUCGCCGCACACAUCACCUCUCUCCUUUCAAUUGAAACCCCCAGAACGACCGAUAUAACCUUGACGUCAGCCACUUCCGCCCCUUUCGAGCUGCACAAAUUUGUCCUCGCAGCAAGGAGCCCUUACUUUGCAAAGAAGCUAGAGCAAGAUCCAGGCAUACAGAACUGGAAGAUAUCCAAUGAUGUUCCCGGCCAGAGUUUCAGUGUCGCAGUGCGGUACUUGUACUUGUCCGAAGUUUCUAUAGAUCUGGGCGCGUCAGGCGAAGAGCAGGCUAUCUUGGAAGGUAUUGCGAAGAUUUCGAAGCAUCUUGAAAUCGAGCGGCUGUUUGAGGACAUGAUAGAGGGCGGUGACCGACGACUCGCUCGACAACGACGAACACAAGAGCUCGAGCGUGGCGCUGCUCAAUUUGAACGAUGGUUCAAGAAUAACGUGCUGAAAUAUAAGGUGGAGUUGGAUUCGAGUAAAGUGGACGACGUGGUAUGGGAUCACAACAAUGCAAUGUUUGCAGACAUCUUGCUCCGCGCAGACGAGGAUGUUGAAGAAGACGAAGACGAAGACGAAGACACAACGAUUACGACAAAUGACCGAUUGUGUGCGAACGAUCUCUCGCCGAACAGCAUUGCCAUCAGAUCAACUUCCGUCUUGCGCUCGCCGUCGAAGCCACGCAAACCUCGACGGUCUACCAUUUAUCCUGCGCACCGUGCUAUACUCCUUCGCUCGGACUUUUUCGCCACAAUGUUCUCGUCGUCUUUCCGUGAAGCACAAACCACGCCUCACCUCCAAACAGUCUCCAUUUCAUGCUCACCUCGAGUCCUCGAAAUCGUGCUCUCCUUUUUGUACACUGGAAAGACUGACUUUGGUCUGGAGGACGCAAUUGACGUGCUUUUCACCGCAGACCUCUUAUUCAUAGAUAAACUCAAAAUGAAGGCGGCCACAAUCAUCAGUACUCUCGGAAACGGCAUGGACUCUAUUGUUAAUUCCGAGACCCCACAAGGCGAAACCGAUAUAGAAGACGUCAUAGACAUAUUCGAUGUCGUGCGGGCAGGGUGGGAUACACGUGUGCAGAGGCUAGAAGAGUUUGGCGCGCGAUAUAUUGCGCAACGGCUAGAGCAAUAUAUAGACUUAGAGGAUUUCGCGGACCUGGUAAGAGAAAGCGCGAAUAGAGUGCAGGCGCGACAGGAGACAGAUACUGUCGAGCUAGUGGACGACAUACGAUACUAUUUGUCUGAGCGCUUCCGUUUGCGGUUCGAGGACACAACCUUCGAUGAGACGAACGGGGAAUCAGGGCCUCUUAUCACCGUCGAUGGGAAGUCGGUAUUGGGCGGCGCUCAGGCGGGUGCCCAAGUUGCCACGGAGAUUGGAGUCGGGGAAGUACGGACUUUAGACGGAGAGCUUGCAGGCGAUGAGUUUGAACAGGAUGCGAUUAAUUAUAAAAUCUUGCUGGGAAAGAUAGAGUCCCUACUUGAGAAACUGAAGUUGGACGCAUAGUCCGAUGGUUCGUUCAUAUACUAUAGCAAGCGUUCAGUUUCUUGAAAAUAUAACCUAAAAAGCUAUAUUGCCCAUCUCAUAAUGAAAGCGUCGAGAAUUACUGCAUUUCACAU